AUGGCGAGCGUGCUGUCGAGGCGCCUGGGGAAGCGCUCCCUGCUAGGCACCCGCGUCUCUGCCCCCGGCGCCUUGGCCGACGGGAUGCUGGUGGCCACCCAGAUCCCCAGCUUGCAGACCGACCUCAGCCGGGCGUCCACCCACGCAGCACCGCAAGAGGACGGAUCCUGCACACCAUCGAUGGAGGAGAGCAGCCAGGCACUCAGGUUCCCCAGCCCCGGCUGCCAGCAGCUCUGUGCCGGGCAGCAAGCUCAUGGUGGUAGUGGUGGAAAGCUGCCCAUCAGAAGGAGUUGGGACGCAGUGAAGGAGGAGGUGAGGUCUGCACAUCUCCUUCCCCUCCUCUCCUGCAGCCCCGUGGUGCAGAGCCCUCCCACUGGCGAGAGCAGCAUCCCCCCCUCGCGAGCGGCGUGCGAUCCCUGGAAGGAGAGCGGUGAUGUCUCGGACAGCGGCAGCAGCACCACCAGUGGGCACUGGAGCGGGGGCAGUGACAUCUCCACCCCUUCGCCCCCCCACCCCGCGGGCAGCCCCAAGUACUCCAGCGAGGCCCUGAGCUCCCUCCAGGUGGACGAUGGCUUCGAGACCGACUCUGACCCCUUUCUCCUUGACGAACCGGCUCCACGCAAGAGAAAGAACUCGGUGAAGGUGAUGUACAAGUGCCUGUGGCCGAGCUGCGGCAAGGUCCUGCGUUCCAUCGUCGGCAUCAAGCGACACGUCAAGACCCAGCACCUCGGGGACGGUACAGACUCUGACCAGCGGAAGCGGGAGGAGGAUUUCUACUACACCGAAGUGCAGGUGAAGGAAGAGCCGGUGCCGGAGGCGUCCCGCCCCAGCCCCACGUCCGUGUCCGCCCCCAUCAUCAUCCAGCAAGCCCUGGCAAAGCCGGAGGCGCUGCUGGUGGAGCAGCCGGUGCUGGAGCCCGCCCUGGCUAGCAGUGCCCUGAGCCAGUCUGCCCCCAGCUCCUUCUGGCACAUCCAGGCUGAUCAUGCCUACCAGGCAUUGCCCUCGAUCCAAAUUCCAGUGUCCCCCCACAUCUUCACCAGCAUCAGCUGGGCCACUGCCACCUCGACUCUCCCGUCCCUGUCACCGGUGAGGAGCCGGUCGCUCAGCUUCAUCGAACCCCAGCCACCGACACCAAUGCUCAAGUCCCACCUGAUCGUCGCCUCACCGCCCAGGGUGUCCAUCGGCACCAGGAAAGUCCGCGGUGAAGCCAAGAAGUGCCGUAAGGUGUACGGCAUCGAGCACCGGGACCAGUGGUGCACGGCCUGCCGGUGGAAAAAAGCCUGCCAGCGCUUCCUGGACUGA